CCAGGUCUGGCAUCGACAUCGCGUCUAUAGCUCGCGUCUAUAGCAUGGAGACCUUUGAAGGCGACGGGACCUCGUACGUCCUGAGCGCGCCGCGCCAUGGCAACUGCAACCUCAUGUGGACGCCGCCACUAGCGACGACCAACUACGCAGCCCUCAACGCGCCACAGUGGGCCAAUCUCGCCCACUGCGGCCGCUGCGCGCGCGUGCGCUGCAUCGACAGUCGGUGCAAUUCAACGGCGUCCGCGCUUGUCAUGCUCGUGGAUCAGUGCCCCGAAUGCAAGCACGGCGACCUCGACUUGAGCCCAAAGGUGUUUCGAGAGAUUACGGGCCAGGACGCGACGCGACUCCAAGUCGCGUGGUCGUUUGAGCGCUGUCCGGUCGAGGACACGCGGGCCCAUGUGUGCCUCAAGAACGGGGCGAAUCCGUUCUGGAUGGCCGUGCAGCCCGUCAAUGUCGAUACGGGCGUCCAGCGCGUCCGUGUCAACGGCUUUGUCACCGAGAUGCUAAGCAGCUGCUACUACUUUCGAGCCAUUGCCGGAAGCGCGCAAAUCCCGUUGGCGAACAUGGACGUCGAGCUCACGUUUCUGAACGGAUCAACCAUGCACAUCCUCAUUCCAUCCAUCACCGCAGCGUCGUGUACGAACGGGUACCACGAAAGUCUCGACAACCCGAAUCCGAACGUCCAGAUGGCACCAAGUGGCAGUGGUUCGUCGAGCGUUCUGCUGCCGCUUUUGCUUGUCGCCGCCGUGCUCGGUGUUCUGGCCGCGCUCUAUGUCGCACACCGCGUGCGCCGGCGACGCCUCGCCCAGCAGCAGCAGGCGUCGUUCCGGCUCGUGCUGCCCAUCGAAGAAGCAGAAGAGGCCGUGCUCUAGUAGCACUCUUCUCGUUGUCGUUGCAUGUGCUUCAUGUAAUCCAGUCGAUCGUCGUCGAGUCGCUAAUGCCGAAUUCGAUCGCGGCUUCUACUGGGUGCGAUGGCGGCAGAGGCGCCGCCGCGUUCGCCAUUCUUCCACCUUGCGCUGGAUGGGUACGUACGACGACGCGAGCGGGUAGCGCUCUGAUGUGAGCUGCGUAAUGCU